UGAACGAUAUCUCUACACACACAACCACUGUACAUCAUUUAUAAGAGAGGUGUGUCGAUGAACUCCUCAGAAUUUUGUGUUGCCUGGUACUUGAAUUCAUACUUCAUCAUUGCAUUGCUUUCCAUCCACAGCAGAGAUCAACACUUUCUCCUCUUCUCGACAGUAUUUGAUUCAUGAAGAAUUAACCCGGAUAUUUAGAGUACAUUUGCUACACGAAAUCCAAGUGGGGACUUCUCGUAUUUUUGGAUUUACUCCUUGACUGACUCGUUCGACGAUUUACUCCGGGCAGCAUCGGGAGUGGUUCCGCAUAGCAAAUCAAAGCCCGUCGGUGGUGGUGGUGGUUGCAUUAGGAACGCAAAUCGGUCGGCCUAGUAGAUCUAUUACAUAUAUACACUCAGAAGUUUCUUAUCAAGAUGGGGGUGCUGUGGAGGAUAUCUAUAUCAAUUGCCUUGUUUCUUGUGGUGGAACUCUGUACAGCUCAAAAUGCAACUGUAUGCAACAUGGCUUCCAGUUGUAUGGAGUGCAUCUCUGUUGGUCCAGCAUGCGCAUGGUGUACAGACAGGGACUUUAGCAGUUCAUCAUGUGACCUGGCCUCCACACUGGAAUCAAUGAACUGCACAGAUAUACAGAAUCCAGAGAACAACGUGAAUGUUACCAAGAAUGAAAGCUUAAGCAAUACAGGGGAGGUGGCUGUGGGACAAGCAGUACAGGUUCAGCCACAGGAGAUACAUAUGAAACUCCGCAAGGGUGAUACUGAAAGAGUCAGGAUGCAUGUGAAGCAAGCAGAAGACUAUCCUGUAGAUUUAUAUUUUCUUCUUGAUUUGACUGGUUCUAUGGGGACCUAUCUCGGUGCUCUACAAACUGCAGCAAAUAAUAUAGUGGCCAAAAUGAAUGAGUUGACAAGUGAUUUUCGUGUUGGAUAUGGGUCAUUUAUCGACAAGGGUGUCAUUCCAUUCGCUAAUCAGUUCCCAAAUGGGACCAUCAAUGUGAAUGAAAGAUGCGAAUCAGAAGCAUGUGAUGCUCCUUACCUCUUUAGAAAUAGACUGACCCUGACAGAUGAUAGUACGUUGUUUGAGGGAGCUCUGGCCAGUACCAUAUUGUCAGGCAGUCAGGAUUCACCGGAGGCAGGGUUCGAUGGGCUGCUCCAAGUUGCUACCUGUCAGGAUAUAAUCGGAUGGAGGGAGAAUGCUCACAAUCUGGUCGUUUACAUGUCUGAUGCUAUGUACCAUACAGCGGGCGAUGGACGGAUGGGUGGUAUUGUCAAACCCAAUGAUGGUCUGUGUCACGUUGAUCCAAGCACUGGUUUAUACACCAUAGAUGAAUCCCAGGAUUACCCUUCUCUAGGACAAGUAUCAAGUCUUAUCAAGGAAAAGGAUAUCUCUGUUUUGUUUGUAAUUGCAGUUAUUUCUGAAAGAUACAGAAACCUACUGCCAUAUUUCCCAGGAUCAGAAGUAAGAGAGCUUUCAGCAAACUCUCAACGAUUGGUGGAUGCAGUAGAAGAGUUCUACAACUCUAUCAGGAGCCAAGUAUCGCUAUCUAUUCAAGCCCCUGAGGAGAUUGCUCUUGGUGUCACCGCGAACUGCAGCCCCCGCAGACAAACUGGACCAAGCACCUGCUCUUCGCUGCAAGUUGGAGAUGAAGUAUAUUUUGACAUUGACAUAACACCUGAAAGCUGUAUUCAAGGGGGCUCCACAAGUAUAUCCAUCAGUCCUGUUGGUUUCCAUGAGGAGCUGCGUAUAAAUGUUGAAGUCAUCUGUGAAUGUGCCUGUCAGGAGCAGGGGAUUCCCAACAGUCCUGAGUGCAAUAACAAUGGAACGGAUCAGUGUGGAACAUGCGUUUGUAAUGCAGGUCGUUACGGUGACAAAUGCCAGUGCAGUGGCGAGAGCUCAACUGCAGGAAAUGAACGGCUUGCCUGUGUAGCACCAGGUUCUUCAGCUGUCUGCUCCGGUCGUGGUGAAUGUAUCUGUGGGGACUGUGUUUGCAACAAACAGGAGGACCCUACUCAUGUUGUAUCUGGGGAGUUUUGCCAGUGUGACAAUUUCACUUGUCCUCUCUUUGAAGGCCAAUUGUGUGGAGGGCCUACAAGGGGACGGUGUGAAUGCGAUAGUAAGACCCAACAAAGCAAAUGUCGUUGCACAGCCCAAUAUGAGGGAGAUUCAUGUAACUGUCUCAAGUCCCAAGAAGCAUGUAUUGCCCCCAAUGGUCUGAUAUGUAAUUCACAUGGUACCUGUUCUUGUGGGGCUUGUCGAUGUGAAAUAGAUUCACCCUUUAAAGGACCAACAUGUUCUGACUGUGCUACCUGUGCAGGACAGUGUGAGGUGUAUCAGGAAUGUGUCCAGUGCAAGGCUUUUAACAGCGGCCCUCUAACAGAAGAAGAGUGUAAUAUGUGUACUGUUGAGGUCAUAACGGUUGAUAGUUUCCCUGAUGUGGAAUACCCAUACAACUGUUCGGUGACUCAUACUGACAACUGUUCCAUAGCCUUUAUACCUCACUUUGUAAAUGGAGAAGAUUCAGUCCCAGUCAUCUACGUCUUGGCAGAAACGAUUUGUCCUCCAGGACCUUAUUCUCCAGGAGUGGAUGCAAGAUGGGUAGCAGUUGGUCUGGCCAUUGCUAUUGUUCUUAUUGGUAUAAUCCUCAUCAUCAUAUACAAGUGCUACAUCACUUGGUUAGAUAGGAAAGAGUACAAGGAGUGGGAGAGGGAAAAAGCUAAUGCACAAUUUAGUCAGAACGAGAACCCACUGUAUAAACCAGCGAGCACAGUCCACAAAAAUCCUGCGUUUGGUACAGAGUUCGCGGACAUGGAAGACUCGCCAGCCUUGCCAGAUAAAUCAUAACAUAUUUCUGUACUAUUGUGGGGUGUGAUGCAGUUUACUUGGUGCCUCUACGGUGUGGUGUUUGGUGCAGUAGAAGCAGAGCGACUUUCUGGUAUACAAGGAUGGCUUGGGGGGUGACUCUCUGUGGCGGUUUCAGAUGGGGGUGCAAGGGACACUCGCCACCAUUCUGUUUUGAGACUUAUUUUCCUGUAUUCUCAAAGAUGGUUUCAAUUGUACCAUGGUAUUAAACCAUGGACUGUGCAGAUAUGUGUUUACAGUAAUGCUUAUGCCAUUUCGCUCAUUGAGAAAAGGCCAAUUAUAGUUGGCAAAUUGCCUAUUAUGAUUGAAUGAAGUGGGAUAAUAUGACAAAUUGUAAUUUGGUACAAUCGAAAACACCCUUGUCAAUUUAGGCCAUUGAAUUCACUUGUUAAUAUAGCCAAAUCUAAGUAAGAACAUUAAUAUCAAUAUACCCCUCUGUUUUCAAAGUCUCACUUUGCGCCGCCCCCCUCUUACUCGAGAUCCUGGAUCCGCCACAGACUUUCCUGUGAAUAUUAAGCCUACAGGAUCUUGUCAGUCCCUGUAUAAUGCCAUGGGAAUUUGGAAAUUCACCUGCUUUUAUAUGUCUAAAAAUAUACACAGGUGGAAGUUAAAUGUAGAAGUUAUGUGUCUUAGAAAGAGCAAUACUUUUUUUGAAGCCUUGAAUUUUCAAAUUCAGAGGGCAUAUAGCCACUUUUUUCUGUAGGGCACAUUUUUAUAUUGUUGUACAAAUGGGAAAACAUGAAAAAGGGGCAUGAAUAAUCUAUAGGGCCAAUGAGAGAGGGUCAGGAGCAGUCUGCGUGGUAUCCUUUGAUGGUCUUAGAUUUACAUGACCCCUUUUAUAUCAUGUCAUCAGCUUUGCAGACAUGUUGGAGGAAAAACUAAAAAAAAAAAAACGGUGCAUCAAACCGCAAUCUCAUGAUUUGAUGGUGAUUUUCUUACCUGAUUGCUAAGAAAGCAACCAGAGUACUGAUAUCUUGAAGUCCUCUCAGAAGGGACCUUGUAAUGAGAAUUUAAAUGCCUCACUAAAGGGCACUUCCACACCAAGUGGGAAUGAAACCCAGGUCACCGGAAUCUGACACCCCCGCUCUACCGAGUGAGCUAUCGCACCAUAAAUCAUUGUUUAAUUGGUUUAAUGCACAGGUCUCCGGUGUUAUACCUUCCACAGAGAUGUCAUCUGAAACUAUUCUGUAAUAUAUGUAACUUAAAGAAUAUUAGGAAAGCUUCCCCCCUAGUAUUGCCUGUUUUUGGUAACUUUAACUCAACAUUUAUUGAAAUACUAGACUCUUUGAUUGCUUCAUUUGAUAUUUUACAUCUGUGUUUUUGAAAAGUGGGAAUGUUUUCUUACUUUGGAAGAUAAUGUAUAUAGAUACUGUAUGUUGAGUGUGUGAAAGAGGGAGAGAUAGAAAGAGAGAGAGGAGAGAGAACGAGGGAAAGAAAUGAUAUUGAUAUUAUGAGUACUUUUUAAAAAUGUGUCUACAUGUAUGUUGUAGUCUUAACAAGAUGGCCGAAAUUCGCAAAAAGGUUCGCAAACAGGCCUGAAGUUAAGGCCUAACUCUUUUUUUGGUGAAAUCAGGCCAAGUUUUCAUUUCAAGUCUAAAUCUGUCAAUGUACUAUUCUUUAUAAUUUUCCGGUGAAUUGGAAAGCUACAUUACAUAUAUACUGUUUCUUGAAAUGAGCUGCGGGAAGUAAGGUUUUUUUAUUACCAUGUUGCACUAAACUAAGUAUACUCUGCAUCGAUCAUUAUAUGGAUGGAAAAUAUUCAGUUUAAAUUAAUCCAUAGCUUUUUCACUUCAUAACUUGUACUUUAGAGCAUAAGAUAGGUGGUGUUAUAUUUUCCAGUCAUGAAAGAUAUCUGAGGUGGUGAUUAUUGUUAUUCUCUCAAAAAAAUUCUUUAAUUCUGCUUUCCAUGUGAUUUUUAUGAAAAUGUAGUCUUUGGUAAGUUCCUCCGGCCGUAGGAUGAAUGAAAUAGAUCAUUGUAGAAAUAAGAAAUUUUCUCACACAAUGUGAUCAGUCGUGACUACAUCAGUUCUUGAAAUUUGAAUUAUUUGUAUAUGUAUGUUUAAUUCUGUUUGGCAAUGAAAAAUGAAAAUGUAUGUUUGGCUUUAGUAGAAGACUUACCAAUCUUAUUUACACGACGCCAGCUAGCCUCGAGAGAAGUUAAUUUUGUCUUUAAAACACUGCAGCUUAAAAUUUGUUGCAUUCAUUUACAAAAAGUAAACCCAGUUGAAAUUUCAGAGAUUGGCAUUUAUGUUAUUUUGCAUUUGUUCAUUAUAAAGACAGUUAUAGUUCUCUUUCCAGAUUUAAGAAAAAUGUAGAUUUUCUUGGAUACAAUAAUCAUAGAUUUAUGCAUUAAAUUCAGGAAUACUAGUUUUGUGUGAAUUUUAUCAAGAAUAAAAUGUGCCUUAUUUUUUAUGAUUUUCUCACUAUAUACCAACAUAGAAUUUUAUUUUGAAAAUAAGACUCGUGGAAUAUAUUUGGUUAAUAGAUGGAAAUGUACUUUUGAUGUGUGUGUGUGUUAUAGCACAUUUAGGCGAGAGUUGUAUUUUGGUUCCACGAAGAAAAGCAUUCAUGGAAACAGAAAUAUGUAGGACAAUUAAGGGGUGAUGGACUCAAGGAAGUUUUAUAACGAUGUAUUUGUUGAAAAUUAUUUGUUUUUAUUCUUUGUAGUCACUGAGUCAGUGACUUCUAGAUGUCAAAUAAUUCUGACAUUUAUGAACAAAGACUUAAAACCAAGUUUCUUUUUCUUUUAUACAAAGUGCUGUUUUUACAUGUAAUCCGAUGGAUGGUUUGUAUACCUUGGUUUGUGAAAUGGUUUAGUAAUCUAUAGACCUAUAAAAUCAGGAUCUACUUUCAAAGACCUUGUUCUGCAAUAGUAAGUUACAUACCAUUGUAAUAAGUCACUGAAAUGCUGCCAUUAGAUUGGCUAUGAGCAAUUUUGUCAUAGAAUGCGAGGAUUUGAUAUUGAUCGCAAGUUUUAAGAAACAGUGCCCCAGUAAACGCAUGAAACCCAAGUUUGAAGUGGCUUUGGUCGACUCUUCAAGAAGCCUAUAGCCAGCAUUGGAUUUGAAAUUCGAUUAACGUUAGUGGAUGUUAUUUGUGUCUGGAGAUAUACAUCAAUAUGUUUUUAUACACAGUGUACCAUAAUAUAAUUUUCUAAUCAUGUAAUUAUUAACCACUAUGUAUCAUAAUGUGUUUGAUAGGAUGUAUAUAUUCUGAAGCAACUUCUCAUGUAUCUUUUUUUCAAAAAAAUAUAGAAAAUAAAUCCUAAUUACUACAUCCAUA